AUGUCUGCUACUGUUUUCGUUUCUGGUGCCACUGGAUUCAUCGCCCAACACGUCGUCAAGACCCUCUUAUCAUCAAACUACAAAGUUAUUGGAUCGGUCAGAUCAACAACCAAGGGAGACCACUUGAAAUCUUUGCUCAAUUCCCCCAACUUCUCUUACGAAAUCGUAGAAGAUGUUGAAAAGGAAGGUGCAUUCGACCAGGCUUUGCAAAAACACCCUGAAGUCACUGUAUUCUUACACACUGCCUCCCCUUUCCAUUUCAAAGCUACUGAUAUCGAAAAGGAAUUGUUAUUGCCUGCUGUAAACGGAACUAAGAACGCAUUGAAUGCUAUCCACAAGUAUGGUAGCAAUGUCUCUCGUGUGGUUAUCACUUCCUCUUAUGCAGCUAUUUCUACGGCUAGCAAGGAAGUUGACCCUAAUGUGGUUGUCACGGAACAAUCCUGGAAUGAAAUUUCAUGGGAAGACGCCAAAAAGGAUCCAGUUUCUGGUUACAGAGGAUCCAAGACCUUUGCAGAAAAGGCAGCCUGGGAAUUUGUUAAGGAACACAACCCAAAGUUUGUUGUAAGCACCAUUAACCCAUCAUUUGUGUUUGGUCCACAAGCAUAUGAUUCCGAAGUCAAGGACUCAUUAAAUACCUCGUCUGAAUUUAUCAAUGCCAUUUUGAAGAAUGGUCCUGAUGCUACAAUUGCACCAACCCGUGGUGGUUUCGUUGAUGUUAGAGACGUGGCCAAGGCUCAUUUGGUUGCGUUUGAAAAGGAAGAAGCCAAGAACCAGAGAUUGAUUUUGAAUGCAGGAAGAUUCACCCUUCAAUCAAUUAUUGACAUCUUGAAUGAAAAUAUUCCUGAGUUGAAGGGUAAGAUCCCAGUGGGUGAACCAGGGACCGAUAAGGCUGCUAUUGCUGGCUUGUCCACCAUUGACAAUUCCAAGAGUCUUGCAAUUUUGGGAUUUGAAUUGAUUGACUUAAAAAAGUCAGUUGUUGAUUCAGUUCAGCAAAUUUUACAAGCUAGAAAAUGA